CCCCUCAAUCCAGUCAUCAGCCAUCCCCAGGCCUGAGAUGGAAGCCUCUUGCUGCCCCAGCCACUGUCCCAUGGGGGGGCCUUGGGCCCCAGACAUGCGGUGAUAUUAGAGCAAAGGCCGUCAUCAUCACCCGGUACCUCACAAGCUAUGAAUGCCCACCCCAAGGAGAUGGUGCCCCUCAUGGGCAGGAAAGUCAAUGUCGCCAGUGGGAACCCUGCUGUUCUGACAGAAAAGAGGCCAGCAGAGGUCACUCCCACCAAGAAGAGCGCUCACUUCUUCCUGGAGAUAGAAGGGUUUGAGCCCAACCCCACUAUUACCAAGACCUCCCCGCCCAUCUUCUCCAAGCCAAUGGACUCCAAUAUCCGACAGUGCCUCUCUGGUAACUGUGAAGACAUGGACUCCCCUCAGUCUCCUCAGGAUGAUGUGACUGAGACUCCUUCCAAUCCCAACAGUCCAAGCCUUAGUGCAAACCAGGCCAAGGAAGAGCAGAGGCGGAAAAAGAAGCGGCUAAAAAAGUGCAUCUUCACGGCUGUGUCUGAGGGCUGCGUGGAGGAGCUGGUAGAGCUGCUGGUGGAACUGCAAGAGCUUUGCAAACGUCGCUGUGGCCUGGAUGUGUCGGACUUCCUCAUGCACAAGCUGACAGCCUCAGACACAGGGAAGACCUGCCUGAUGAAGGCCUUGCUAAACAUCAACCCCAACACAAAGGAGAUUGUGCGUAUCCUGCUCACCUUUGCAGAUGAGAACGACAUCCUGGACCAAUUCAUCAAUGCUGAGUACACUGAGGAGGCCUACGAAGGGCAGACGGCACUCAACAUCGCCAUCGAGCGGCGCCAAGGAGACAUCGCCGCUGUGCUCAUCGCGGCGGGUGCCGACGUCAACGCCCACGCCAAGGGGGUCUUCUUCAACCCCAAGUCCCAGCACGAAGGCUUCUACUUCGGUGAGACGCCCCUGGCCCUGGCGGCAUGCACCAACCAACCUGAGAUUGUGCAGCUGCUGAUGGAGAAUGAGCAGACGGACAUCACUUCGCAGGACUCUCGGGGAAACAACAUCCUGCAUGCACUGGUGACGGUGGCUGAGGACUUCAAGACCCAGAAUGACUUUGUAAAGCGCAUGUAUGACAUGAUCCUGCUAAGGAGUGGCAACUGGGAGCUGGAGACCAUGCGCAACAAUGAUGGCCUCACACCGCUGCAACUGGCUGCCAAGAUGGGCAAAGCCGAGAUCCUGAAGUACAUCCUCAGUCGUGAGAUCAAGGAGAAACCGCUCCGGAGCCUAUCCAGGAAGUUCACAGACUGGGCAUAUGGGCCUGUGUCAUCCUCACUCUAUGACCUCACCAAUGUGGAUACCACAACAGACAACUCUGUGCUGGAAAUUAUUGUCUACAACACCAACAUUGAUAACCGGCAUGAGAUGCUGACCCUGGAGCCCCUGCACACUCUGCUGCAUAUGAAGUGGAAGAAGUUUGCCAAGUACAUGUUCUUCCUGUCCUUCUGCUUCUAUUUCUUCUACAACAUCACUCUGACUCUUGUCUCUUACUACCGGCCCCGGGAGAAAGAGGACCUCCCACACCCGUUGGCCCUGUCACACAAGAUGGGGUGGCUUCAGCUCUUAGGAAGGAUGUUUGUUCUCAUCUGGGCAACAUGCAUCUCUGUGAAAGAGGGCAUUGCGAUCUUCCUGCUGAGACCCUCAGAUCUGCAGUCCAUCCUGUCGGAUGCCUGGUUUCACUUCGUCUUUUUUAUCCAAGCUGUGCUUGUGAUACUGUCUGUCUUCUUGUACUUGUUUGCCUACAAAGAGUACCUCGCCUGCCUCGUGCUGGCCAUGGCCCUGGGCUGGGCGAACAUGCUCUACUACACACGCGGCUUCCAGUCCAUGGGCAUGUACAGCGUCAUGAUCCAGAAGGUCAUUUUGCAUGAUGUUCUGAAGUUCUUGUUUGUAUAUAUCGUGUUCUUACUUGGAUUUGGAGUAGCCCUGGCCUCGCUGAUUGAGAAGUGUUCCGAUGACAGCGAGGACUGCAGCUCCUAUGGCAGCUUCAGUGAUGCCGUGCUGGAGCUCUUUAAGCUCACCAUAGGCCUGGGCGACCUGAAAAUCCAGCAGAACUCCACCUAUCCCAUCCUCUUUCUGUUCCUGCUCAUCACCUAUGUCAUCCUCACCUUCGUCCUCCUCCUGAACAUGCUCAUUGCCCUGAUGGGGGAGACCGUAGAGAACGUCUCCAAGGAGAGUGAGCGCAUCUGGCGUUUGCAGAGAGCCAGGACAAUCUUGGAGUUUGAGAAAAUGUUACCAGAAUGCCUGAGGAGCAGAUUCCGGAUGGGAGAGCUGUGCAAAGUAGCAGAGGAUGACUUUCGUCUGUGUCUUCGGAUCAAUGAGGUGAAGUGGACUGAAUGGAAAACACACGUCUCCUUCCUCAAUGAAGAUCCGGGGCCCAUCAGACGGACAGUGGAUUUCAACAAAAUCCAAGACUCUUCCAGGAGCAAUAGCAAAACGACCCUCAAUGCAUUUGAGGAAAUAGAUGAGUUUCCAGAAACUUCAGUGUAGAAGCAGAACCCAGAACUGAUGCGAGAGUCGUAUGCUGCAGGUGGAGUCCUUCCUGAACUCUGCUGAGGGACUGUGCAGAGCGGUGGUCUGGAAGCAAGCGACAUCCUCAUGCUGAGCAGGUAGCUCUACCCAGAGGCAGCUGUCAGCAUUGGAGAGGGAAACACCUUGGGUUCUGUUACUCAGUGGAUUUAGUGUAAACCCAUGGCCAACUGUCCUGAGCAUGGGAGUCUCCUAAAGUCCAGGUUGAAAUCCUUGGUUUGACUAAUUGCAGGUCAGCUUCACUAGGAGACAGAGAAGUUGGGGAAGGGGCCUGAGGAGUGGGGAGGGAGUCUCUUCUCUUGCCAGCGUCUUCUUGUCAGCCCAACUCCAGCCCACAGAUCUCAGUCUCCCUAUGGUGACUGGGUCUUCUGAAUUUAUGAGAGAAUUUUGAUCACAUCCCAGGAUGUGCAGAGGACUGAGCUAAGCUGGAUAUCCUGGGGGAGGAGGGAUAUGAGAUACAGAAAUGCCCUUCCAGAACCUUCAGGAAACAGGAAACCACCCUUGGAAUGAAACCCAAGGCUCAAACUGUCUCAAACUGAGAGAUAUUUUUUAGUAGCGUAAUUAACACAGGGUUUUAAUUUUUAAUAGAGAAGACAUUUCACUUUUGAAUGAAAAUUACUUCAGAUGAAGUAUGUGAUUUUAAAAGCUGAGAAAUAGAUCUUGGGCUUUUGGGCUGGAUGUAAGUAUUAUAUACUUGGUUUUAGGGUGGCCAGAGCAAAGACAAACAGCUUUUUUCAUGCACAUGCAAGUCCACAGGAGACAGGCUGCCAUCUGGGUGAAAGGGCUUGGCUCGUCUCCUGUUUUGCCAUAGUGUAGGCCUCUGUGCUGGGGCUGUGGCUUCAUCUGAAACAGAAAUAGCAGCCACUCUAUUUAUGUGGUCUUAAUCUCAGAAGUGACUAGUACACAUUAGUAUUUCUCAUUGGGGGAAUUUAGCAAAAUACCUGACCUGCUCUGGUAGCAAGUAUUUUUGUUAACUGUGAAUUUUGAAGCUGAAGGGGAAGGCUUGUGAGAGACACUUUUGCCAAGACUUAGAGUUUAUUUUUAGAUCCUCAUCCUGAGAUUUUCUGCCUGGUGAAAUUCCACAGAGUUAGUUUGAGAAUUCAUGUGGGGAUUUUUGAGAUGUAAUUAUUGAGAUAGUCACUGUGAAUUUUAAUUUUAAAUGGGGCCUUCAGAUGACUUGGCAAUGGGUGAGUUAAUCUGAUUUGAGGAAAACCUGAUCCCAGGCCCAACAGAGUAGUCUGGGCCCCGUCCCUACUUUGGGCUGCUCUGUGUCACUGCUUGGCUAGAUGAGUAGAAACAUGGGCUGUGUGUCCCUGAUGGGCCAGGUGGGGGUGGGGGUGGGAAGGUUGGUGCAGUCCUGAGAAUAGCCUUGUCUGCAGCAGCCCUUGCAUGACUAGCUUUCCAGGGAGUCAUUAGUCCUCUCAGUGUAGUAGUCAGACCAAGUUCAGAUGUGAGCGGAGAAGAUUUGAAGGAGACGUCAUGGGAGCAAAAGGGUCAGAUGUUUCCUGAUGAGCAAAACUAGUGAAAGAACUAGAGAAAAUUUUUGGUUG